GCAAGCAAGCAAGUCGGCGGUCAAAUUUUUUUGCUGGGAUACCGUCUUUAAAGUUUAAACUGUUCGUACCAAAUCUUCCUCGUUCCAGCUUUCCCCAUUUAUUUCUUCUUCUUCUUCUUGGCUCCAUUCUCUCUGCAACUCUGGCCUACCUUCCAACCUCAGCUUUACCAAAUCCAGAUUCACAGCCAAAAUAGCAAUCCAAUUCCAACGCUUCCAUUGUCACCCUCGAAAAAUGAAAACUAAGCGUAAACUCUCUUCUUCCUCAUCAGUUGAUGCCGCUGCUGUAGUCAUGAAGCCCCGCUCCAAACAAACCACGGAGAGAAGUAGACCUGAACCGACUAGUUGUUUCGCUUGUUGGUGCCUACAGCUCUUCUGGCCGCGGGUCGUCGUCCGCAAGCUACUCAACAUCACCGCCAAGGACUCCGAUUACAGCGCCGACUCCGACUCCGAUUCCGGCUCCGGCUCCGAUUCCGAUCCCCCUUCCGAUUCCGAAGAGAUUGGGCAAGGAAGAAGCAGAGCCGCAUCGAGGUUUGGACGCGAGAACAGAGAAGGCGACGCACAGAUCGAUCCCAGCGAUGCACUUCCGAGGUCAAGGAGACGGAAGUCAGAGACUUUCAGGGCACAGUACAUAAAUACAAAGGAGCUCAGAGUACGAGUUGCUACAUGGAACGUUGGAGGCAAAUUACCACCAGAUGACCUGGAUAUCGAUGAUUGGGUUAAUACUCAUGACCCUGCAGAUAUAUAUGUACUCGGGCUUCAGGAAAUUGUACCAUUGAAUGCUGGGAAUAUCUUUGGCGCUGAAGAUAAUAGGCCAGUCCCUAAGUGGGAAAAUAUUGUACGGGACACUCUAAACAGAAUUAGACCGAUGAAGACAAAGGUUAAAUGCUAUAGUGAUCCAGCUUCUCCAUCAAAAUUUUAUCCAUCUGAUGAGGUUCUAGGUGUUGAAGAAGAGCUUAUACUCGAAAGCGAUAGUGAUAUUGGAGAGGAAGUUCAUCCUUUGGAUGAUGAUUCCUAUGGUAUUGAUGAAACGAAAGAUAAGUUACGCUUUGGUGAUGGGCACAUGGGUACCAUACAUGAAGAAGUGGACCUGGAGAGGCAAACUUCUCGAAGGAGAUUAGAUCGAAUGAAUUGCAUUCGCAACGAGGAUGAAUCACCAGAAAAUUUAGAGGAAUCUGUGGUAAACCAACAACAACAAUGUAGAAUAUUGACUAGAGUGCUAAGUGGUUCUGAAAGGAUUGGUUUGAGUUGGCCUGAGCAACCAUUGAACCUGCUGUCUCAACAUAGUUUACAGAGACCAGGCUCCUUCAAAUCAAUAAAAACGUUUACUGCAACCAAGUCCUUUGGAAGAUACAACUCUUUUAAGUCCGUGUCAAAUGAUAUGCAAUCAGGGUUGGCUUUGCUCACUGAGAUUGACCUGGAAUCACUCUUGAAACGUAAGAGAAGAUCUUCUUAUGUGAGGAUAGUUAGUAAGCAAAUGGUUGGAGUGUUCGUCACUAUUUGGGUUCGUAGGAGCUUGCGCAAGCAUAUUCAGAAUGUCAAGGUUUCGACAGUCGGUGUUGGUGUUAUGGGCUAUAUUGGCAACAAGGGAUCAAUAUCAGUGAGCAUGUCUGUAUACCAGACGCCUUUCUGCUUUGUUUGUUCCCACCUGACUUCUGGCGAAAAGGAUGGGGAUGAGCUCAAAAGAAAUGCUGAUGUGUAUGAAAUACAUAGAAGAACACAUUUCCAUUCUAUUUCAGGGAUUGGGCUUCCUAAAAGCAUCAAGGAUCAUGAAAGAGUUAUAUGGUUGGGCGAUCUCAAUUACCGUAUCAAUUUGUCAUACGAUAGAACACGGGAACUUAUUGCCCGAAAGGAGUGGUCAAAGCUAGCUGAAUAUGACCAGCUCACAAAAGAACUUAGAAAAGGCCGUGCGUUUGAUGGAUGGCGAGAAGGUAAACUAGUCUUUCCACCAACAUAUAAGUACGAACUCAACUCAGAUAGAUACUACGGAGAGGAUCCAAAGGCUGGGAGGCGUACUCCUGCAUGGUGUGACCGCAUCCUUUCUCGCGGGAAAGGAUUCAGGCUGCUGAACUACAGGAGAACCGAGCUCAAGUUCUCCGACCAUCGACCAGUGAGUGCCACAUACAUGGUGGAGGUCGAGGUGUUCUGUCCCAAGAAGCUACAACGUGCGCUCACCAUCACCGACGCAGAGAUUGAGAACGAGGAAGUGGAGAUUGGGAUCGAUAUUGGAAUGAGCUACUUGCAACUCGACAAGCUUCAAGUUCCAAGUACCACGUCCGAUCAAGUCAAUUCCAUUGAUCUCUAUCUUACACUCAACUCCUCCGUUGCUCUACCAUCGACCAUGUUCCUCCUCAAGACAUGGAGACAGACCGCUUUCGGUGUUUUUGGGUACAUGAACUUCACCAAGUCCGCUUUCCUGGAGCAUGCAAAGCAAUUCAAGCCAGAGGAUAUGGAGAAGAGAAUCGAUGGGAAGAACUGUGUAGUAACAGGAGCGAAUUCCGGGAUUGGUUAUGCCACUGCUGAAGGGCUUGCUUCACGGUGGGACUAUCUAGAUUCCAGCCUCUUUCUGUUAAUCUGCUUGAUACAUUUGAAAAUUUGUGUCAGUUUUGAUCUUACUGAUGUUUUCUAUUUCCAGUGGGGCGACUGUCUACAUGGUUUGCCGAAGCAAGGAGAGAGGGGAAGCUGCACUUUCCGAAAUCCGAUCUUCCACAGGGAACCCAAAUGUUCAUUUGGAGUGCUGUAUUUCUCAAGUUUGCUUAUUACAUUUAGCUCGCAGGUUUGUGACCUUUCAUCGAUCAACGAUAUCAAGUCUUUCGCAGCCAGAUUUUCUUCCAAGGAAGUACCUGUUCAUGUGUUGGUCAACAAUGCUGGUUUGCUGGAGAAUAGCAAGAUCACAACCUCAGAAGGAUUUGAACUGAAUUUUGCUGUGAAUGUGUUGGGCACUUACACCAUGACUGAACUCAUGCGGCCCAUGUUGGAGAAAGCUGCACCUGAUUCACGCGUCAUAACAGUUUCCUCCGGGGGAAUGUACACUACUCCCUUGACCACUGAUCUCCAGUUUUCAGAUGGAAACUUCGACGGAGUAGCACAGUAUGCUCGAAACAAGCGAGCUCAGGUGGCAUUAACCGAAAACUGGGCAGAAAUGUACAAGGACAAAGGAAUAUCAUUUUACUCGAUGCAUCCUGGUUGGGCUGAGACCCCUGGAGUUGCCAAGAGCUUGCCUAGUUUCAAUGAAAGGUUUGCUGGGAAGUUAAGAACGAAGGAAGAAGGUGCAGACACUGUUGUUUGGUUAGCUUUGCAGCCCAAAGAGAAGUUGACAUCUGGUGCAUUCUACUUCGAUCGUGCUGAAGCUCCAAAGCAUCUGACCUUCUCUGCUACCAAGGGCUCUCACGCAUUGAUUGGUUCCAUUGUUGAUGCUCUACGAUCCUUGGCCAAGAUUUCGUGAAUAAGUUUAGUGAAGUUGCAGCAAGUGUAUAUUUAUGGGGAAAUCAUUCAAACCCGUUAUCUCAAAUGCAUGCUACUCUGUUUUGUACCUUGUCGAGUGAUGUAAUUGUAGGAGAAUAUUGUCAAAAGUGAAAUAAAGGUAUCCUUUUUAGUGUAUUUUUCAAAUUUGUCGUGCUAAUAAUACUUCAUUUUACUCUAUUUUGGUGCAUCAGAAAUUAGUUUUCUUGUUGGGGACAUUAGCUAUCGAACGAACAAUCCAACGAACUUCUUAUUACCAAGGAUUGACUAUAUAUAUGUUACACUAUCAA